AAUGACUUCAUAUUUUAAGUGGAUUAUUUCCACACUUUUUCUACUGAAUGGAGCCAUAUUCGUAUCGGCACAGACGAGCGGGUUCAUUGUGGUGCCGUUCCUAACGAAAACCAGCGUCAUCGGUGACAUGAAGUACAUGAUCGCUAGCGGCAGCAUUAAUAACUCUGACACGGAGAGUACGUUCACCACCGAGGCUAAGCUAAUGAAGACCAUGUUCGACCCAUGGCUCAGAAUCGCCCUUAUAUUUGAUGUUGGCAAAGGUGCGCUGCAGGCACCGCUUAACAAUCGCACGUUUAGCUUCUGCAAGUUCCUGGGCAACCCAACCAGCCACCGGUUGGCGCAGAUCUUUCACCGCGAAAUGAGACGCACCGGCUACAUACCGAACAAAUGUCCGAUACCGCCCGCCCUGUACGCGUACCCUGGCGUACGGGUGAGUGCGAUGCGUUUGCCAAACUUCUUCCCGGAAGCAGACUUCAUUCUAGACAUUACGAUUGGCGAAGGAAAGGAAAGCACGUACGAUUCGCGAUGGUUUGGUUCGCUCAAACGGAUUAAGUGUACCAAAACGGCGCGCUGUUCGUAGGUGGGACGGUUCUGCUGUCGUUGUAUACUGGUAGUACGUCCCGAUACUGAUCAAUGCACUGGUAUACGGGCUCAAAGUAAGGUAUUAAAGUGUGCUUGCAAUGUGUAAAAGUUUGUGAAUUCUUUCACAUCAUAGGAAAGAAAUUGCUUAUGCUGAAGUUGUAUUUUGAGUACUUCCAGUGACUAGUCUACUAAGCGUCAAAGUGUACUUUGACAUUAUUCAGCUGUCAGAAUGCUCUUGAUUUUACCUUAGCAUUACACUCAGUUGGAGCACACAUGCCAUCGCAGAUAACUUUCAUACAGAGAGCAAAUCGUUGGCUGUGA